GGCCGGCCUCGGGCCUCCACACCAUUCAAUGGGCAGGGCCAUGGCGGCGCCGGCGCCCAAACCCCCGUCGACGGCGAACCUCAUCCGCCACCACCUCCACGUAGCCCGCUGCUUCCCCCCCGACACACCUCCACCGCCACCGCCCACCUCCAACCCUCUGCUCUCCCUUCUCUCCGCGGUUCCUGACUGGGCCGACGCCGUCCAGGAGCGCCGCAUCCGCGACCGCCGCCCGCUCUACGACCACGCCUCCUGGCGCGAGCACCGCAGCUCCCGCCGCCACCUGCGCCACCUCCUCACCUCGCUCUCCUCCCGCGUCAUCCUCUCCCUCGCGCCCCCUGUGUCCGCCUUGACCGCCUUCGCCGCCGCCAUCGCCACCUACAACACCCUCCUCCCGGCCUACGCCUUCACCGCGUCCGCGCUGCCCUACCAGCUCACCGCGCCCGCGCUCGCGCUCCUCCUCGUCUUCCGCACCGAGGCCUCCUACGCGCGCUUCGACGAGGGCCGCAAGGCGUGGAUGCGCGUGCUCGCGGGCGCCGCCGACCUCGCAGGGAUGGUCAUGCAUCGUCCUCGGCAUCGCCAGGCUGAGGACGAGCCGCUCAGGCGCGCGCUCCUCAACUACAUCCUCGCCUUCCCCGUCGCGCUCAAGUGUCACCUCAUUAGCGACUCCGACGUCAAAACGGACCUUCAGGGCUUGCUCACCCAAGAUGACCUCGAUGUUGUACUGGCAUCGAAACACCGGCCCCGUUGUAUUAUCGAGUUCAUUUCACAAAGUGUUCAGAUGCUAGAUCUCGACGAACAGAAGCGGAGCAUCAUGGAGUCUAAACUGUCUUGUUUUCUUGAAGGAAUCGGUGUGUGCGAGCAGCUCGUUGGGAUUCCUAUUCCUCUCUCAUACACCAGACUUACUUCGAGGUUCCUUGUUCUCUGGCAUCUUACACUCCCAGUGAUACUCUGGGAUGAAUGUAAAUGGAUUGUUGUUCCAGCUACCUUUAUCAGUGCUGCAUCACUCUUCUGCAUUGAGGAAGUUGGUGUUCUUAUUGAGGAGCCGUUCCCCAUGCUAGCUCUUGAUGCUCUAUGCAAGCAACUCCACGACGGCAUUAAGGAUGUGAUGGCGGUGCAGAACACAGUUCACACACGAUUAGUUGCCCAGAAUAAGAGCCAUGAGGCCCGCAGCAGGUGUGCAGAAAAUGGGUGGCCUAGCUCAAAAAGAGAAGAAGCGAAGAUUGAUUGAGCACGCAGAUCAGUGAAUUACUCAAGGGUACACUGCAAGCAAUCCAGGCAACCCGAUGUCAUCAUUGAAUUGAAUUCGAUCGAGAACCUGAGCCCAUGGUCCUGCCCCACUUCUUCCUGGUUCUAUGUAAAAAUCCACUCACUAGUGUAUGUGUAUAUGGGUAUAGUUUGGGAGCUACUAGUAGUUGGGAAAGCUGGGACCGGUCUUGAGAUGAGUUGAGCCGAAUUACUAGAAUAAAAGUGAGGAACUGCUACCGUGUGGUGUAGGUCCCCUGAGCUGAGCAUAGCAGAGCUCCCAGUCCCAGAUAUCCUAGCUAUGUACAUAGAUAGUCUUGUUGAGCUAUCGCUGACGCUCGAUAUGUUUGAUAUUAGCAUGAUGUGCAUGAAUGAUGCGUCGCUCUGAUUGUGGACUACUACUCAGAAUUGAGCUUUUGAACUGGAGGCGCUUUGGAACUGA